GACUGGAAAGGCGCGGAAAAUAUAUGCUCUUUUUAAUCGCAUUUUUAUAGAUAGAGGAAAAGAAAUGUUAGUUCGAAUUAAAAUAUUUUCAGCAUCAUCCAUAUCAAAAUUAAGUUGGGAAGAGAUUUAA